AUGGGUUUCAUCUUCUCGGCUGAGAAAGUUGUGUAUGCUCUUGUCUUCAUCAGUAUCUUCUUUGAAUUCUUCGGAUCAAAUGCUCAAUUUUUGCCCGUGGAUGAAGUUGAAACAUUGCGCACGAUCUUUAGAAAGCUUCAAAACCGAACAGUGACCAUCGGAAGGACUUCUUGUUCGGACGGAAACUGGAACUUCAUUACCGACGGAGCAAACAGUACCAUCGUCUGUGACUGUACUGUAAACUCCACUUGUCAUGUCACUGAAAUACAUCUUGAAAGUUUCAGUUUGCCUGGAAUUUUCCCGCCUGAGUUCGGUAACCUCACGCGUCUGCAAGAGAUAGAUCUUCCUCGGAACUAUAUCAGUGGAUCAAUACCUACGACUUUGUCUCGAAUUCCGCUUAAAAUCCUGUCUGUAACAGGAAACCGUCUCUCUGGACCAAUUCCUCCUCAAUUCGGAGCAAUUUCCACACUUGCUGAUGUGAAUUUGGAAGAUAAUUUACUCACAGGAUCACUCCCUUCAAACUUAGGGAACUUACGAAGCUUAGUAAGAUUGCUUCUCUCUGCAAACAACUUCACCGGUCAAAUCCCUGAGUCCUUGAGCAAUCUCAAGAACUUGACUGAAUUUCGGAUUGAUGGAAACUCUCUAUCUGGGAAGAUACCUGAUUUCAUAGGAAACUGGACUCAGCUCAAUAGGCUAGAUCUUCAAGGCACAUCAAUGAAAGGUCCAAUUCCAGCUUCAAUAUCAAACUUAAAGAACUUGACUGAAUUGAGGAUAACCGAUUUGGAUGGACCGGCCUCUUCUUUUCCAGACCUGCUAAGUAUGACUAAUAUGAGACGAUUGAUACUAAGAAAUUGUCUGAUAAGGGGACCUAUCCCUGAGUACAUUGGUUCCAUGAGUGAGCUGAAGUUACUAGAUUUGAGCUCAAACAUGUUAACUGGUACAAUUCCAGACACAUUUAGGAGUCUGAUUAAAUAUGAUUUCAUGUUUCUGAGUAAUAACUCAUUAACAGGUCAAGUUCCUCAAUUCAUCCUAGACACUAAACGAAGCAUGGAUUUGUCUUACAACAAUUUCACUCAGCCACCUACUUUAGGCUGUACUCAGCUUGAUGUGAACUUGAUCUCCAGCUACCCUUCAGUAACCGAUAACUCUGCUCAAUGGUGCUUAAGAGAGGAUCUUCCAUGUCCCCGAGAUGCACAACAUUCUUCUCUGUUCAUCAACUGUGGAGGAAGUGGAAUCAAGAUAAAAAAAGACAAGUAUGAGGAAGACUUGAACGGUAGAGGAGCAUCAUCAUUUUUUCCUGUAGCUGAAAGGUCGGGAUAUAGCAGCUCUGGAAUUUGGGUAGGCAAUGACUCUGCUCUCUUUUCAGCAACAGACAAAUUUAAUCUGAUCAAUGAAUCGGUUCCAGAGUACUACAAAACAGCUCGUCUCGCUCCACAGUCACUCAAGUACUAUGGACUAUGCAUGAGAAGAGGAAAAGGAACUUACAAAGGGAAUUUGUUCCAGAGGGACUUUAAUAUAGCAGAGAGAGCAGGUGGAGUUGGUAAACCAUUCACUAGGCAGCUUGAUGAAGUUCAAGUGAAUGGAAGUACACUGGAGAUUCAUCUGCAGUGGUCAGGCAAAGGCUCAAUUGUGAUACCAAAAAGAGGUGUUUAUGGGCCUCUCAUAUCCGCCAUAACCAUUACACCAAAUUUCAAGGUUGAUACAGGAAAACCAUUUUCGAAUGGAGCUGUUGCAGGGAUUGUAAUUGCAGCGUGCGCGAUGCUUAUUGUUUUACUCCUCAGGCUUGCAGAAGAGCUUAGGGGACUUGAUCUGCAGACAGGGUCGUUCACAUUGAAACAAAUCAAACGUGCCACAAAUAACUUUGAUCCAGAAAACAAGAUUGGUGAAGGAGGCUUUGGACCGGUUUAUAAGGGUGUACUAGCUGAUGGAAUGACCAUCGCGGUGAAGCAGCUUUCGUCGAAAUCAAAGCAAGGGAACAGAGAGUUUGUGACUGAGACAGGGAUGAUGAUAUAUGCGUUGCAACACCCUAAUCUUGUGAAGCUUUAUGGUUGUUGCAUUGAAGGGAAAGAGCUUUUGCUUGUGUAUGAGUACUUAGUGAACAACAGUCUCGCUCGCGCGCUCUUUGGCUCGGAGAAACAGAGACUUCACUUGGAUUGGCCAACAAGGAACAAGAUAUGCAUAGGGAUUGCUAAAGGGUUAGCUUAUCUACACGAGGAAUCGAGGCUGAAGAUUGUUCACAGAGACAUAAAAGCUACGAAUGUGCUUCUUGACCAGUCUCUAAAUGCUAAGAUCUCUGAUUUUGGUCUAGCUAAACUCGAUGAAGAAGAGAAUACACAUAUCAGCACAAGGAUUGCAGGAACAAUAGGUUACAUGGCUCCAGAGUAUGCAAUGAGAGGUUACUUAACAGACAAGGCAGAUGUUUACAGCUUCGGUGUUGUCUGUUUAGAGAUUGUUAGCGGAAAGAGCAACACGAAUUACAGACCAAAGGAAGAGUUUGUUUACCUCCUUGAUUGGGCUUACGUUUUGCAAGAACAAGGGAAUCUUCUAGAGCUUGUGGAUCUUGAUCUAGGUACAAACUUUUCGAAGAAAGAAGCAAAGAGAAUGUUGAACAUUGCUUUACUCUGCACAAAUCCAUCUCCAACAUUGAGACCACCGAUGUCAUCUGUUGUAAGUAUGUUAGAAGGUAAAAGUAAAGUCCAACCACCAUUGGUGAAACGUGAAGUUGAUCCAAGUGGUGCAGCUGCAAUGAGGUUUAAGGCCUUUGAACUUUUAUCACAAGACAGUGAGUCACAAGUCUCGACCUUUGAAAGAGACAGAGAUCACAAAAGCUCAUCUUCAGUGGAUGCUCCUUGGAUUGACUCUUCCUCCUCUGCCAAGGGCAAAGAUGUUAACCAGAAACAACAACAAGAAGAAGAAGAUGAAGGACGAUCAUCAUCUUCGUCGAGGAAACUGUUAGAUGAUCUUACCGAUGUGAAGAUUGAGUAA